CCCCUGGCGCGGUCGCCAUGGAUACUGGCGGGGGGAGGGGUGGGGUUUAGAGGAAGCGGAAGUGUCAGAGCAGGCGGAAGUGGUACUGCCCUGAAUACCCUGAGCAGCGAGCGGAGGACGGCUUGAUUAACUCCCAUCGUUCAGAGAAUAAAAUCGGGAUUUCUAGUACGCUCUAAAUCCUCAAAAUGGAUAAGAACGACCUGGUGCAGAAAGCCAAGCUGGCCGAGCAGGCCGAGCGCUACGACGACAUGGCGGCUGCCAUGAAGGCCGUGACGGAGCAGGGCCUGGAGCUCAGCAACGAAGAGCGCAACCUGCUCUCUGUCGCCUACAAGAACGUGGUGGGGGCCCGCCGCUCAUCCUGGCGCGUCAUCUCUAGCAUCGAGCAGAAGACGGAGGGGAACGAGAAGAAACAGCAGAUGGCCCGCGAAUACCGUAUGAAGAUCGAGGCUGAACUCCAAGAAAUCUGCCACGACGUGCUGAAUCUGCUCGACAAAUUCCUCAUUCCCAACGCAUCUCAGGCGGAGAGCAAGGUGUUCUACCUCAAAAUGAAAGGAGACUACUUCAGAUACCUGUCAGAGGUGGCCUCUGGGGACUCAAAGAAGGACACGGUGGACAGCUCUCAGCAGGCCUACCAGAAAGCCUUCGACAUCAGCAAGAAGGACAUGCAGCCAACACACCCCAUCCGGCUGGGCCUGGCCCUCAACUUCUCCGUCUUCUACUACGAAAUCCUCAACUCGCCCGAGCAGGCCUGCACUCUGGCCAAGCAGGCUUUCGACGAGGCGAUCGCCGAGCUCGACACCUUGAACGAGGACUCGUACAAAGACAGCACGCUGAUCAUGCAGCUACUAAGGGACAACCUCACUCUCUGGACAUCAGAAAACCAGGGAGACGAGGGCGAAGCCGGCGACGGGGAGAACUAGAGCGCACUUCACUGUUAACCCAUCCCCACUCUUCCUCCUCCUUUGAUCUCUCUCUCUCUUCCUCUUUCUCCUCUUCUUCCCCCCUCAUUCGUACACAUAAAACAGCCCGUUCAUUCCCCUCGUCCCACUUUUUCAAGCCCAGCCUCCCGACCUCCCUUCUGUAUAACCAACAGCAUGAAUAGUACCUGACCUUCACAGGAUGGAUGGGGGGGGGGAGGGAAAAAAAAAGGAGAGGGGGGGGGGCGAGAGAAAGUACUCCAUCACCCCGCGAUCCCUCCCUCCCUCCCUCCCCUUUGAUCAUGGCACUCCGAGGCAGGCCAGCAGCCUAAACGCACUGGUCAAUGUAGUCUUCUAGCACGCAGGGAGGGGUUUUUAUCCAAAACUACAAAAUAACGCGUCUUUUAGGGCCCACACUUUUUUUUAAAUCUUCCUCCUCCAUUCCUUCCGCUCUUCCCUCACUCCUCUUCCCUCCUCCCUGACAUCUUCCUAACCCCUAGUGAGUUAAUGCACAUAUAUAGUUGUCCACUACCCCCACCCCACCCCCCUCCCUCGCUCUAUUGAGUUUAAUGCACUUCUAUAGUCCAACCCUUCUCUUUUGGCUUUUCUUAGUGUACUGGCAAAUGGCUGGUUUUAUUCCACUUUAAACAACGACAACAACAACAAAAGGUUAUUAAACUGUCUGUUUAUUUUCAACAAACACUGUGAUGCUUAGUUUUUCCUCCACCUCGCCCGCCAGAUCCCCGUUUGGUGGCGAGAACGAUAUUCAGCUGGGGGUGGGGGGGUGGGGGCGUGUUUGAGCAGCAGUGCGAUUCUGCUGACGUUUAUACAGAAGGGUCCUCCUACAAGGCUGUAUUGUGACACUGACAAAUCUUAAAAAACCAGAGCGUUUCUACCUGCUGUGUAAUCAAACACACGUUUAAUUUUAUUUUUUUUUAUUUUCUAACUCCGACCGGGAGUUUUACUCAACGCCAAUUCUGCGUUCUUUUCAGUUCGGAGCGAAAACUAAUUUGGGAACUUAUUUAAAAAAAUAAAAAUAAUAAAAAAAAGCAUUCCAUCUUAAAUUUGAGAAGAUUUUCGACGUUUUCACAACAAGCGAGGCGUGCCUGCUCCCUGGGAUCGGCCUCCAGUCCAACAGCAGCACUGCGGUCCCUAACGUUAGUUCCUUAACAUGUUCAUCUCCCCUUGCGAUUGCGUUUUCCUUUCUUUUUUUUGUUGUGUAUAACAACUCUUUAUUUCCAGUUUUUGAAAACUGUAAAAUUGUAAAACAUUUUUUAGAGCUUAACUGUAAAUCUGUCUUUUGGAAAAACAAAGCGGUUUGUCGAUGUUGUUCGUUAACACCUGCUUGCAAUGAAAACCUUGAAGCCGUUACGCUCGCCUGCUGUCUUAUGCUUUGGCAUUUUUGACCAGAUUAUUUUUUUUUUUUUGGUACUUUUUCCUUAUAUAGCCCCUUGAUUGACAAGUCUACAAAAAAGUCUUAGGUUUCCACUCGCUGCUGAAUGGUCCAUCUGCCAACAAGAAUGCAUGCCAUCAUUUAUCGCCGUGGAAAUCUCCCGCAAGAAUGGAGUGGGGAACUUGUACCCUCUGUGGAUCGACACUUACACUUCCUGCUUCCUCGUUUCCAAAAUAUGAAUGGCAGUCAUGGCAGUUAGCCAAAUUUUAUUUCUCACUAUGGCCAGGCCAAGACCCGCCCUUCAAUAGCAGCUCGAUUGGUUGAGGUUAGGCAUCGACCUCAAGUGGUUAAGGUUAGGAUAGCCGAUAGAUCGGGGGUAGGACCUGAAGAAAUGGGGUUACGUUACCUUGCAUAAACAUGGACGCCUGGCCAAUAGUAGUGUGUGAAUGCUAUUGAGGGGAAAAAUUUCAGUUAGGCCUGCUGUUAUUACUUCUAAGAUGUUCAAGAUUGGAGUAUCCGCUAACUGCCUUAAUAAAACCAAAGUUGAGUUGAGCUUCAAAGUUCAUUCUUGAUCUUAAACGGGCUAAAAAUAUAUUUUUCCUUUUGAUUAAUAACUAUAACAAAGGUUUCACCAAAUCCAACAUUUUUAUUCAGUACUUGGUGUAAGUCGGGCCCUUUUGUUUAAGGCUUAACCCAGCUGACUGAAAAAAAUGUAGGAAGCGGUGAUUUUAAGUGUCCCCCUUGGUGUAAAUUUCAGUCCACGACAGGUACGUGAGUGGAAGGAGCCCAAUCUCCCGGCAGCCGAUCAGCCAAUCAUCUGUUUGUGGAAGUGAGAACCUGUAGUUUGGAUCAGGCUUGAUGUGUUCAAGCUAGAGUUCAUAAACAUGCAUAAAUGCCGUGGCAACCUUUUUUUUUUUUUUUUUUUUUAAGAUUCUCUUUUUGACUACAUGUAGAAAAGAGCGAGAAGACUCGCUGAGCAGUUGACGGUACAAUAUCCCGGCUCAUUUUCAGAUCUGAUCUUUUACAAUAUGUACAUUUUGGACUCGUGGUUUCUCUUGUUAGACGACUGCGCCCCUACCAAUAGCGAGGUACUGCACGUGUUCAUAAAGCGGUUGAGAACUAAACUUUGGUUCCAAACUUAAAAUAUCGGGGGAUGUCAGCCGACCACAGAGCAGACCCGUGAGUCUGAUCCACUCAGUGUCACAAUAACCUUGUCGCCAUCUCAACAUUCCACCCUUUUUAGGUGUAGAAAAGUCAUGUCUCAAUGUUUGUUUUCUUUUGCUGGAGACAAAUGUUUUCAUGCACUGAAGUUUAAAAGGUAAAAAAAAAAAAAAUUAAAAAAAAAAGAUUCCUCCCUGCCGCUCUUUUUCUCGUUAGCUGAACAAAAAAGGCAGUUAUUCUACGCUUUAUAAGGACAAAAAAAAAAUUAUCCCAUGCAGUAGUGAAUGUGGCACCGAGCCUGUCUGUAUAUCUGGUAUCUCAAAUCGUUUCUGUUUUUACUGACCAGUAUUACGCUUAAAAUAAAAAGGAAAGACAAAAAAAUACCCCCCCAAAAAAAACCCAACAAAAAAAGUUUGCUUCUGUGACGGUUUUAUUGCUUAGCGCGCACGUGGUCGUGAAAAUUUAGACUUAGCUUAAGGACACCAA